AUGUCGCCCUAUGAUUUCGCCCCAGAUAUCAUCAAUGGCUGGGACAAGAUUCCCCCCUUUCCCACUGAUGUGGAAGUUGUGGAUUUCGAGCCGAUAUCACUCAAGAAGCUCAUUGUUCGAGACGCAGCUGAAAUCACGAAAGUGAUUGAUGCAUGCAAAACCCUUGGCUUUAUUCGUCUUGAUCUCUCUGAUACUGAAGAUGGCAUGAGUAUGCUAGCUGCUGCAAAUGAGAUGUUUCUCCUUGCUCAGCGGACUUUUGCUCUACCAGAAGAAACGCUUCUAGAAGAUGAUGUUUUCUCUAAUGGUAACUCUCUACUUGGGGACAACAAUCAACAGUACUACAUCGGUUGUGGUGAUCUCGAGGGCUUUGGUCGCUCCAAGGCUAAAUACAACGAUGUCCUUCGAGCUGCUUACCCGGAGAUGAGGAACUUUUCCUCUCUCGGCAAGUUCAUCACCAACGAACUAUUAGACAUUCUUUCCACCGACAUGAAUCUCGAACCCACCGACCCCAACUAUCUCCCUAAGCUCCAUAGUCACAGCAAUAAUUCUGGCACCCAUGUGCGCCUGUUGAAGUGCCCCGCAUCGGCUGGAGAAAACGCCAACCUCCAGGCUCAUACCGAUUGGGGUACACUUACUGUCCUUUUCAAUGCUAUUGGAGGGCUCCAGCUCUAUCUUUCAGACAAUGUUGUCCCUGGACAGAGAGCUGGGUGGAAGUGGGUAAAGCCAGUGGCUAAGAGCUGCCUCGUCAACCUGGGCGAUGCUAUGGUUAAGUGGUCCGCUGGCGAGUUCAAGAGCAACAUCCACCGAGUCUUGACUCCGCCUGGUGAGCAACAUGCUUUUGUUAGAUAUAGCUUGGCAUACUUUGUACGUCCGAAUAAUGAUGUACCACUGAAACCUAUUGGCAAGUUUGAAGAGGUGGCACCGACUUUCCAGGAGUGGGCACUACGAAGGGCUAUGGCUGGCAACGCGGAUACAUUCAAGGAUGGAGACUGGGAGAAGGGUUCAGGAACGGAGAUUGUUAUGAGCGCGGCAGCGCGGGGGUAG